AUGGCUCAGCAACAGGCGUCCUCGCGGGCCGUUUACAAUCGCAUCAGGGCUUGUCUGAAUGACCCUGCUCAGCACUGCGUCCUGUUUGAUAACGAAUUUCACGAGAAGUGUUUUCGUCAGGCCCUGCCCUCAGAGUCCUCCCUGAACUAUACCACGCGGUUAAAUUGGAUUGCUGCUCGCUGGUACAGGCAGCACCUCAAGGGCAAGGUAAACGUCAUCUUGCUCACAGAGAAUGAAUCGGUGGCUCUGGAGGCUGCUAAGAAGGCGGGAACAGCAAAUGACCUAGACGACAGUGUUCUGGUCAUGAAUCUUGCCGCCUACCUGCAGACCUAUCAUCCCAAACUGACUACAGUUUGGCAGCUCUACGAGUCUUUGAAUGCCUCCUUGAAGUCCACCAGCGAACCCGCGGCCGUCGUGCCACUUCGUGACGACUUGGCGCUAAUGAGUCUACCGCAAGGUUGGUUUCACAUAAAAUUGCCCCCUUUUCGCCAUAUUUUUGCCAUCUUGCUCAAACUGAUCAAAAUUCAGAAUUGGUAG